AUGGACUGCUCAAAUCAAACAAUCCCAGACAAUUUUGUCCUCUCUGGGUUCCCAUAUCCAGAAGAAUUUACGCUCCCCUUGAUUUUCUUCUUCUCGGUCAUGUUUGCUCUCACUCUUGCUGGAAAUUCACUGAUCAUCUUGGUAGUGAUCUCUGACCUUCGACUCCACAAGCCCAUGUAUUGGUUCCUGUGUCAUCUCUCCACCCUGGACAUGGCCUUCUCAGCAGUGGUGGUCCCUACUGUUAUUGCAGGAUUCAACCUUAGGGAGAAUAUGAUCUCUUUUUCUGGAUGUGUGACUCAAAUAUUUUUCUUCAACUUCUUGGGAUGUGCGGAAAGCUUACUCUUCACCUUGAUGGCUUACGACCGCUUCUUGGCCAUCUGUAAACCACUCCACUAUGGCAACAUCAUGAACUGGAGACUCUGUCUCAUCCUUUCCUUGGGUACCAUAAUUGGUGGUUGCCUCAACUCUACAUUUCAGACUUCGCUCACCUUUCUGUUGCCUUAUGGACAAAGAAACCAUAUUGACUAUGUCUUCUGCGACAUUCCCGCCAUAUUGAAGUUGGCUUGUGCUGAUACAAAGCUUAAUGAGUUGAUGACCUUCAUUGAUGUUGGCCUUGUAGCAAUGACUUGCUUUCUCCUUAUCCUAGCAUCCUAUGUUUACAUCAUCAUGGCUAUUCUGAGAAUUAGUAGCCAUGAAGGACGGCGCCGAGCCUUCUCAACUUGUACCGCCCAUCUUACCGUGGUGGCCAUAUACUACCUGCCUGUGGUGUACCAUUAUCUGAGACCAACUUCUCAGGACUCCAUGGAUGGCAUGGUGAGCAUGUUCUACACCACAGUAACCCCUUUGUUGAACCCAUUAAUAUAUACCCUUAGGAACAAGGAGAUGAAAACUUCUCUGCUGAAACUCUGGGGUGGGAAUCCAGAAUAG